AUGCAAAUCAGACCCCUAUCACUACUAGGGCUGCUGCUCCCAAUUAUUUCAGUGCAAGCGAACGUGGAAAAGACCAUCUUCCUCGCACCACCAGCAUCAACCAUUCCCUCCAAGGAGCCAUCCCUCGACGACCUCGGCGUCGAAAGACUCUCACCCCAAAACUCCGUAGUACGCACGAGACUCAAUGCCUCAUUCCCAACAACCGCAGCAUCCCAGGGUUCAGACUCGUGGUUCUUCCUCGAAAACCUGAACCCGGGACAGCGGUACGAAGUGCGAGUCUGCUGGCUUUCAAUCCAACCGACAUCAUUCACUCUCACCACGUAUCCUCUUUCCCAAACGAUUGAGGAUACAGCCCUGUUGUCUUCACUCAGUGUCUACACGGCCGCUCGUCUGGCCACGAUAGACAGCCAGCUUCAGGAGGACGCGAUUCCGCGUCGAGCUGGCUCGCCUAGAGAGAUGAAAUCGCUUGACACGGCACCAUCGAGCGAUUCGGUGCUUUUCCUACGCGUUCACGCUGCGGCGGAUUAUUUCAGCACUAACAAGACUCUGAUGCGGGAAGUUCCGCCUGUAGCGGUGGAUCUGAUUCUCGAUCCUUUCUUAUUCAAUGUUUUCCCGCGCUCCUUGGUGCCGACUGCGGGGUGGAUUCUCGUUGUUACUGUUCUUUCAGUGGUGCUUGGAAGGUGGAUUGUGGGCGAGGUGGGGAGGGUGAUUGAUGAUGCUAGGCGGCAGCGGAGCUUGGAGGAGAUGAAGAACAAAUAA